AUGAGGAGCAGCGCAGCAGCUACGAUGCGUCGUAAGAUCCUGUUGGUGAACCAACCGACAGGAGAACCUGACGUCUUGUUUCGAUCUCUUCUCUCUUCCCUUUUCUCAAUCUUUCCUCUUCCCCAAACUCUUGGUCGCCAAUUCACCCUGGUCCUACCCCUCCUCGACCCCUCCAAACCCCUUCAUCCACUCCUCCGCCAGCCGUCAGCCGCAACGGCACAAUCGCCCAUCAUGGGAGACCAGGAACCGACCCCCGAGAACCACACGAUGAUGCAGGGCUUCGAGUGGUAUGUGCCUGCGGAUCAGAAGCACUGGGUCCGCCUCGAGAAGCAUGUUCCCCAGCUCAAGCGAUUCGGUGUGGAUAACAUCUGGAUCCCGCCAGCGUGCAAGGGAUCAUCAAAGACUGGAAACGGCUACGACAUCUACGAUCUCUACGACUUGGGCGAGUUCGACCAGAAGGGAUCCGUAGCGACAAAAUGGGGCACCAAGGAGGAACUUCUGAAGCUGGCGCACACCGCCAAGGACAACGGCGUCGGCAUUUACUGGGACGCCGUCCUCAACCACAAGUUCGCGGCAGACCGCAAGGAGAAGUGUCUCGCUGCCGAGGUCGACUCCGACGACCGCACAAAGUUUGUGAGCGACAAGUACGAGAUCGACGCCUGGGUCGGCUACGACUUCCCUGGUCGCAAGGGCAAGUACAGCGAACAGAAAUACCAUUGGUAUCACUUCAGUGGUGUCGACUACAAUGCCAGGAACGAGAAGACGGCAAUCUACAAGAUCUUGGGCGAUAAGGGCGACCAGCAAUGGGCGGAGAGCGUCGAUGACGAGAAGGGAAACUACGACUUCCUGAUGGGUUCUGAUCUCGACUACGACCACCCCGAGGUUGUCAAGGAUGUCCUCAACUGGGGCAAGUGGCUGGCCCAGGAGGUGCCGCUCCAGGGCAUCCGUUUCGACGCCAUCAAGCACUAUAGUGAGGACUUUUUGCGUCAAUUCAUCACCGAGCUGGAUAAGGAGUACGGCAAGGGCUGGUUCUUUGUCGGCGAGUUCUGGAAGGACAGUCUCGACGACAUGUCCGAGUACCUGCAGCGCAUGGGCAGGCAGUUCACCCUCUUCGAUGCGCCUCUGGUGUACAACUUUAGCGAGAUCAGCAAGGGCAACGGCGCCGACAUGAGAAAGGUCUUUGACGGCACUCUGGUGCAGAAGGAGCCCAUCAACGCAGUGACCUUGGUCAUGAACCACGACACGCAACCCUACCAGGCCCUGGAGGCCCCGAUCGAGGGCUGGUUCAAGCCCAUCGCAUACGCCCUCAUCCUCCUUCGCACCGACGGAUACCCCUGCGUCUGGUACGGCGACAUUUACGGCAUCAAGGGCGAGCACCCCUUCCCGCCCUCGUGCGGCGGGGCCGUGCCCAAGAUGACGCUGGCGAGAAAGCUCUACGCAUAUGGCAAGCAGGCCGACUACUUUGACUACGCGACGUGCCUGGGCUGGGUCAAGUACGGUACCUGGGACCGCCCCUACGGCUGCGCCGUGGUGGCUAGCAACGCCGGACCGGGAUCUAAGCGUAUGCAUGUUGGUGAGAUGCACGCCAGCGAGGUCUGGACCGAUGUUUUGGGCUGGAACGACAGGGAGGUUACCAUUGGCGACGACGGCUUUGGCGAGUUCGUGUGCUCUGGUACCUCGGUGAGCAUCUUUGUCAACAAGAAUGCUGACGGCAGGGACAAGUUCAACGAAGAAUUUGACUCCAACAUUUACGAGGAAUAG